AUGGCAAAGAAAAACACUAAAGAAGUAAAAACCGGAAAAAAAAACAAAAACCAAGAUCAAGAUCAAGAUCAAUAUCAUAAUCAAAAUCAGAACCAGCAGGAUCAUGACCAAGAACAAGAAGAUCAAGACCAAGACCAAGAAAUCAACAAACUAUUUUGUGAAGAAGUCGAUGCUAAUCGAUUGUAUGUGAUGCCAGCAAAACAAGAUGAUAAAUCUAUACAGUAUGUAAAUUAUCCCAGGUAUCUUUAUGAUAAAAAACUAAAGCCCACACCUACAAAUUUUGCUGAAAAAGGAGAUUUGCCAAUAAUUAUUACGGGUCCUAUCAAGAUGAUUCGAGGAGGAAUCCCAAGAUACAACGAUCAAUACCACAAAGAAGGCGAAGACUCAAUGAAUCGGGCCCACGUUUUUAUUCCAAAAAAUUCCGAGGAUCCGCAUUCUGUUGAACUUUUUAAAUGCAUUAAAAAGAUCGACGACCGAAUGGAUAAUGAAAUAAACAAAAAAAAAGGAACUCUAAUUAUUCUUGGCAACCAGGGUCAAACAAUACCUCUCAAAGGAUAUACUUACAAAAGAAUGAUAACAACUGCGCAAAAAGGAGAUGGUGUCGAUCUUAACAAGGUUGGUGAUUCAAAGGAAAUGAAGGAGUUUGUUCCAUGGGAACGCAUAAAGGCAAAAUUUUCGACUGUUUAUGACAAAAAUAUUGAGCAGGGUGCUGCUGGUGUUAGGAAAGAUAUCGACACCAAAAUAUAUAUCGGUAAUAACGAAAAUUAUGAGGACUGUAAAACGGAUUAUGAACAAUUAUCCGACGAUGAAAACAACCAGGAGUAUGAAGAACAGGAACAAGAACAAGAACAAGAACAAGACCAAGACCAAGACCAAGAGUAUGACCAAGAAAACGAACAAAAUAACAGUGAUGGUGAAAAUGGUGGUAACCAAUCGGAGCCUGAGGAAAAUGAGGAUGAUGGUAAUGGUUCUGAAGAAGGACAUGACGGGGAACAAAAUGAUGAAUCUGGUGGUGAGGAUUCGGACCCGGCAAACUCCGAACCUGAAAUUUCCGACCCUGAUAAUUCCGAUCAAAAUGAUUCCGAUCAAAAUGAUUCCGAUCAUAAUGAUUCUGAUCAAGAUUACAAACCUGUGGUUGUUAAAGCCCCUGUAAAACCCUUGUCAAAACCAAAUGCCCCAUCUAAAGUUUCGACUCCAGUUAAAGCGUCGAUUCCGGUUAAAGCCCCAACUCCAGUUAAAGCCCCAAAUUCCGGCAAACCCCAAGUUUUGUCAAAAACACCUGUAAAUAAUAAAAUAUCUGAACAAUAUCAACACAAAAAUCAAACAGGUAAUAAUGGUAAAAACGCAACUCAAGUUAAAAAAAAAUAA